GGUAGAGUGUGUUUUCAGACAAGACGCGGAUGCACCACGCGGAGGCAGGACGUUUUCAUUUGAAGAAAUCGAAACUUAGCAUAAACUGGACUAUUACUGUGCAGCUACUACACUGUCGUUGAUACCGUCGUAUCAACAAGACCUCCGAUACUGUUUUGUGAUGGAUACUGAAAAUUACAUCGCUAAAUUGAACGAGCACACUCAGAGAACACGUUCGGAAUUGAAGUACGAGGACGUCGGAACCAAUGGCCCGGAUCACAUUAAAACAUUUACAAUAAGAGUUGUUGUUAAUGGCGAGGAAUAUCCAGAGGGUGUGGGAAACAGUAAGAAGGAGGCCAAACAGAACGCUGCCAAAUAUGCUUUAGAAAGGUUAAUGGAGAAGAAGGAGCGUCUAUCAGAACCCUCUCUUGAACCCGUCGGUCAAACAGUUAAAAAUCACGUGUCCUGGCUCUAUGAGUAUGGUCAGAAAGUCAAGAUGCCAGUAAAAUUUAUCGAGUCCACAAGACCUGGAUCAUACAAGACUUUUCAAUGUAGAUUUUUUGUUGGGAAAAUUGAAUAUGCUGUUGCCACUGGGACAACAAAGAAGGAAGCUAAGGAAGAAGCUGCUAAACUUGCAUAUAAUGACAUAACUAAAGUGUCACUGAGUGAAGAUGAUAAAACCUCUGGUUCUUCAAAUCAGCAAAAGGAGGACAUGUCAGAGAUCUUUGACAGGACAUCAAGUUUGAAGACGGAAGACGAUGGCUGUGUUGAGACCAAUUUUAUCGGAGCCAUCAACAGCUACUGUCAGAAAACACACCGCACUCCAAAAUUUAUCGAAAUGGGGAGGAGCGGCCCAUCUCAUAACCAUACAUUCCAGUUCAAGUUAGUGAUUGAUGACGAGGAAUACGCUGUGGCUGUGGGAAAGACUAUCAAGGAAGCCAAACAAAAUGCUGCUCAGUUGGCCCUGUUUGCCCUUGAAAAGGAAGACAGUGAGGUCUUGUGGUCCUCCCUAAGCACACCAAGCAGCAGGGUGUCCUCUCCAAACUUGGGAUCCCUUGAUGUGAAAUUCAAAAACAUUAUGACGCCCCCGGCUCUUUUGAGACAAUUUGAUGCGUCUUCUCCCAAGUAUCUGGGCAAAAGUCCAGACUGCAAGCCCAAAAGGACAAUUGCCGCAAAUUUUCCCAAUGCAACUGGACAACAGGACAAAAAGAGUGCAGAGUUCAAAGACUGUGAAGAUAAUAGCGAGCGAAAAUCACAGUUAGCUAGCUCAAGGUUCAAACAGGACUUUGACUCUAUAGAAUACAUCAAUAAGGGAGGCUUUGGCUCCGUUUACAAGGCAAAACACAAGCUUGAGGGGAAGAACUAUGCUGUGAAGGUUGCCUGCUAUAAAGAAAAAUCUUUACGGGAGAUAUUAGCUUUAUCAGAGCUUCAACACCCCAACAUUGUCAGAUACUACACAUGUUGGAUGGAAGAUGCUCCUUAUGAAUGUGGCAGCGUAGAGGACAGCUCCUCUUCCCACUCUUCCACAAAUUUACCUAAAAGGUACCUCUAUAUUCAGAUGGAGCUGUGUGACAGCAAUACUCUCCGGAAAUUGAUUAAUGACAUGAACACUCGGAAUGUGAGUCCCACUCAAAGAGGAAAAUCCAGUUUUGCUAUUAUACAGCAAAUUGUCUCAGGAGUCAAAUACAUUCAUGCCAAAAAAUUAAUCCACAGAGAUUUGAAGCCUGCCAACAUCCUGCUUGGGCUGGAUGAAACCGUGAAGAUUGGUGACUUUGGGCUCGUGACUGAUGCAAAUGUCAGUCAGGACAGAAGCAUUAACAAGGGAACCCGAAGUUAUAUGGCACCUGAGCAGAAAGACAAGAUGGAUUACGACCGAAAAGUAGACAUCUUUGCUCUGGGUUUGAUUUAUUUUGAGCUCCUCUGGUUCAUGGUUACUGCAUCUGAAAGGGCAAAGCUUUGGAAUGAUGUCAGAAACCGGAAAUUCCCUUCAGGCCUUUCACACCUUUUCCCUACAGAGGAACAAAUGAUUAAGUCAAUGCUUUGCUUGAAGCCAGAAGAUCGGCCUGAAGCAGAUCAACUCCAGACCAACCUUGAGGAAUGGGAUAAUGCACUUAAACAGGCUAAAGACAAAAAGACUAGUUAAAGCAUGUUUAAAUGAACAGUUGUUUAUUUAUCUUAAAAUUAAAUGUAUAUUUAGUGAAUGUGAGUGUGUUAGGUUUUUGUGUGUUUUUAUCUGCCUUGUGAUUAGCUGGCAACCAGUUCAGGGUGUACCCCGCCUCGUCCCCGAUGACAGCUGGGAUUGGGUCCAGCACCCCCGUGACCCUCGUGAGGAUAAGCGGCUCAAGAAAUGGAUGGACGGAUGACAGAAAGACAACAUGAUCAGGAAUUGUGUUCGAUACAACAAUGGAGCCCGGUGAAAGGCAAAAACAUGAGGUCCGUCUUUUAGGUUGCAAAAGCAGUGGUUUAGUCACGUUGAAACCAUUGACCCAAGGUAUAUGGGGUCAAUCCAUCCAUCCAUUUUCUUAGUCACUUAUCCUCACAAGGGUCGUGGGGAGUGCUGGAGGCUAUCCCAGCUGUCAACGGGCAUGAGGCGGGGUACACCCUGAACUGGUUGCCAGCCAAUCGCAGGGCACAUGGAGACAAACAGCCGCAUUCACAAUCACACCGAGGUGCAAUUUAGAGUAUCCAAUUAAUGUUGCAUAUUUUUGGGAUCUGGGAGGAAAGAAAACCCACGCAGGCAUGGGGAUAACAUGCAAACUCCACACAGGGAAGGCCAGGAUUGAACCCAGGUCCUCAGAACUGUGAGGCCAACAUUUUCCAGCUGCCCCACCGUGCUGGGGUGAAUACAAUACAGAUCACUAACCGAUCCACAGCCUGUCAUAUGCUCAGUUUUGGUUGGGUUGGUUUAAUGUUUCCUGUGUUCCUUUGUCGGUUGUCUCCACCUGCUCACGCUUACGUUCCUCCCUUGUGUUGACCAAUCAUCUCCCUCCUGCCACUCGCGUCAUGUCCAGGUUUUGCUCAUUGUAUCGUCAAGCUCUCUAUAGUUAUCUCCUCUGUUUUCUUUCACUUCUUGUUUGGUCCAGUCGUCCAUGUUGCAGUUUGCUUUCUGUUCAUUCCGUUUUUCAAAGAUAGUCAAGUUUCUAGUUGUUGAUUUAGGUCAUGCUUUGUUACUUUGAGUAUUUUGGCUGUUACUUGAAGUUGGGUUUGAAAAUGCAAUACCGUUCUUGAGAUUCUUAUACUUCUGCCUUGCGUCCUUGCUUCCCUGCACUUGCGUCCUCCGCGCCUUCCCGUGCUUUCCCCGCCCUUCACUACCCCAUACUGUGACACAGACCCUACAUAUAUAUUUGCCAAGCACAUUUUAUUUCCACGUCACUUGCACUAGUUCUGGAUUGCAGGCUAUCACUGUCAUUUGAAUGUAAUGUUUUUAAGGAUGGAAGAAGUCGUUUGAGUGACACUUUGAUUAUGGGACCCUCAUACUGUCAACCUUGUUAAAAAGACAAAUGAGCUUAAAGAAUAAAAACAUCUGACGAUCG